GCUGUUUGGGUGAGUUCAGAUUUUCCUGCAACGAGUCGAUUUCAUAACACUAGCGCACCCUUGUUCCACGCUCCGACACGUGCCUCGUCUGGGCUCAAAAAAGACCAUUGAGACGAGCUAGCUUUGUUCCCAUCCAAGCCAACGAUUUCUUGGUUGGUUGUUUUCCAUAUCCACCUCCGGCAUUUGCUUCAAAAGCCGAGAACCUUUAUCAAACAGCUGCCCGCCCGGUAGUUACCGGGGAGGCUGCGGGCUGCAGCGCCCCCGCAGCAAAAACCUACUCGGACGAACGACCAGCGAGAGAAAAUCAUGGACAGCCCCUACCGCCGGGAGCUCGAGGCUGCCAUUGCAGCCGUCCAGACGGCUGCCCAGAUUAGCCGCGAAGCACUUGCAGCGGCCCAGACGGGCGGUGACGCGGGCGCUGCGGGUGGAGGUACCUUCGGCCUCGUUAAGGACGACCUGAGCCCCGUCACCGUCGCCGACUUCGCCAUCCAAGCCUUCCUCACCCGCACCCUUCGCCGGGCUUUCCCGCAGGACGGCUUCGUCGGCGAAGAGUCGGCAGACCAGCUGAGGCAAAACCCGAAGUUGCGAUCCCGCGUGCUCGCCAUUGUCGCCGACUCCGCCGGCGAUGCUGCCCUCUUCCGUGAUGAAGACGACCUCUGCGACGUCAUUGAUUCUUGCACCGUGCUCACCCCGGCGGCCGCCGGCCCGCGCAGGAUCUGGGUGUUUGACCCCAUCGACGGCACCAAGACUUUCAUCCGCCGCGAGCAGUAUGCCAUCAACAUCGCCCUGCUCGAGGGCGCGCGCCAGGUGCUCAGCGUCGUGGCCUGCCCGCUCCUCUCCGCAGAUGCCACAGCGCCCGUGACCGACGGCUCCGUCGACCCGACCGGCCGGGGCUGUAUUCUGUACGCAGUUCGUGGCCACGGCGCCUACGUCAGGCCGCUGCUCGGCGGCGGCGCACCUGAUAGCCAGGCGGGCACGCGGCGACUUCCCCGGCACGCCGAUGCCGUCACUUCCCCUGCCGGCCUCCGCUCCGUCACCUGCUGGGCCCUGCUCGACUCCGGCGUCGAUGAGGUGCACAAGGACGUUGCCGAGGCGUUGCGCGUGCCGUUCCCGGGCUGCGACCUGCUCGGCUGGGUGCCCAGGUGGGCCGUCAUGGCUCUCGGCGCCGCCAACAUGACCGUCUGGGUCUACAAGAAGCGGGACCGAUACGCCAAGAUAUGGGACCACGCCGGCGCCAUGCUGCUCUUCGAAGAGGUUGGCGGCUUGGUUACCGACGUCCACGGCAAGGAGAUCGACUUGGCCGCAGGGAGGAAGCUCAAGGCCAACUUCGGCUUCGUCGCGGCCCCAAAAAGUGUCCACCAUCUGGUGCUCCAGGCGGUUCAUGAUACGCUCAAGGCGCGCGGGAGGGAAGACCUUCUUCAGCAGUAGGUAGACAACCAGGUGGGUUGAUGAUCAGCUGGUGCCAAUCACCCCAUGCCCAUGACUACUAGAUAUUGCUUGAACAAGUAGAUGGCCAUGGUUCCACAUCCAAUGUCAAUGAAUCGAUGUUAACUAUACCUAUUCCG